CGGGGCGGGACCUGGGUUGCUGUGGUAACGGUAAUCUAACGUACCUCAACGGCGGUUUUAAUUCCCCACAGGUGGUUCCGUCGUCCUACUGAGGUGACGCGAACCUUAAAUAAACACGAAGAAAUGGUGGUUAUCUGUGGUUGGGCCGCUAAUUAAUACGACGGGGUUCUGGUUGAAAGGAAGAAAAUGGAGCUUGAGACGACAGGGACCGUCCGCUCGACACCGAGCCGCUACGAGAAAAGUUUGGGGCUCCUCACCAUGAAGUUUGUCAGUCUGCUGCAGGAGGCGAAGGACGGCGUCCUGGACCUCAAAGUGGCUGCAGACAGCUUGGCAGUAAAGCAAAAGAGGAGGAUAUACGACAUCACUAACGUGCUGGAAGGAGUCGGGCUGAUCGAGAAGAAGAACAAGAAUAUUAUCCAGUGGAGAGGUGAGAACACAGGCAGCCAAACGCAGGAGGUGCUGGAGCAGGUAAAUGUCUUGAAGGCACAGAUCUCUGACUUGGAGGCCCAGGAGAAAGAGUUGGACAACCAGAAGACAUGGCUGGAGAAUAACAUCAAACACCUGAACCACGAUCCCAUUACCAACACUUAUAAAUAUGUGACACAUGAAGACAUUUGCGGUGCCUUCAGUGGAGACACUCUUCUCGCUGUGGUGGCUCCUGCUGGGACGCAGCUGGAGGUGCCUCUACCUGAAACGGUUGGUCAGAAGAAGUACCAAGUGAACCUACGAAGCCAAUCGGCACCCAUCCAGGUGCUCCUUAUCAACAGGGAUUCAGACUCAACAACACCCGUGGUCUUCCCCGUGCCACCUACCGACGACAUCGGCCUCAUGCUCACUCCACCCAACACCCCGGCCAGUCUGCUGAGGUUUCCCCUCUCCACGUCUGUUUACUCCACUCCCAACACUACCUCCUCCUACUGCAGCCAGGACUCUCUCUGCUCAGACCACCAGAUGGUGCCGCAUGAACAGGACGACGCGUUGACGCCGUCCUCCACCCCUUUAGAUGCACAAAUGGAGUGUCACAGUCAGCCAAUAGCUGGGUUGGAGCAGCAGCAGAUGGACCUUCUGGGCCCAGAGUUCCAGUCUGUGCUGGAUGUGUGCACCCUGCUGAAGCUCAACGCUGCUGAAGACCACAUGAAAGAGGACAAAGAGGAAACUAUUGACUUGAUUGAAGAGCUGAUGUCGACUGACGGCAUGGACUAUAGUUUCCACCUGGACGGAAAUGAGGGUGUGUGUGACCUGUUUGAUGUGCAGAUCCUAAAUUUCUGAUGGCCUGCGGUGGCGGCGGUGGUGCUUGUGCAAUCUCUGAAGGUCGUUAUCAACAACAUUCCACAAAGAUAGAGAUGGAGUUUUUGUGGAAAUGAGCCAGAACAAAUUCUCCAGCCUCCUACUAUUUCAUGUAUUUUUCCACAUAAAGUGGAAAGUCUAGGACUUCUCUGUCCUUUAUCCUGUGACUGUUUGUUUUAGUCCAUAUUAACAGGAGCAUGUUCAGUAUUGUCUGUUGUUUAUGUGGUAACAGUUCAUAACAGGUCAAUCAUCUAGUUCAGGGUUUGUAGGCACGUUCACUGUGUGGAAUGUAUUUUGUGUAACAUCUUGACAAAGCUCAUUGUUACAGUUCUUAAAAUGGCAAACUGUAUUUGAUAAAGGAAUGUUUUGGUUGUUUUCUAAUCUUGUUCUGUAAAAAGCUAGAAAGAUUUUUUUUCUAGGUUUUUGAUUUAAGGGAAUUUUCUAUAUUAUACUGUAUAUUCUCAUAUAUUUGAAUAUGUUUUUUGUACUUAAUUUAAGGAGAAGAUAUUUCCUAGUUUUACUUGGGUGAAACUGUUUUACUGCCUUAAUUGGACUUGAAUUAGCCAUAUUUCUGAUUGGUAAUAUCAGAUAAGCGCCUUAAAUAGGAUUGUUCUAACUGUCUAAAGCUCUUGAGUCUUUUCUGAUUGUUUUUGUGUAUUUGCAUAGUUUUUUUUCAUAAAUAAAUUUCCUUACAACUGCAAAUAAACACUUAUUAGGUUUA